CCCAACUACUACACAAUGGCCCCAAGAACCGCAAUUAUUAUCUAUUCCUUAUACCAUCACAUCGCCAAGAUGGCUGAAGCCGCUAAGGUCGGUGUUGAAGCAGCUGGUGGAUCUGCUACCGUUUUCCAAGUCCAAGAGACUUUACCCGAAAAUAUUUUAAAGAUGUUGAAGGCUCCACCUAGACCAGAUCUCCCAAUUGCCACCAACGAUACUUUGAAAGAUUACGAUGCAUUUUUGUUUGGAAUUCCUACCAGAUUUGGUAACUUCCCAUCUCAAUUCAAAUCCUUUUGGGAUGGUACUGGUGGAUUGUGGAGUCAGGGUGCUUUAAUCGGGAAGCCUGCUGGUGUUUUCGUUUCCACUGGUACUCCGGGUGGAGGUCAAGAAACCACUGUUAUCAGUUCCUUAUCUACAUUGGCCCAUCAUGGUAUGGUUUACGUCCCUAUUGGUUACUCCCAAAAGGGUCUUACCUCAUUUGAUGAAGUUCACGGUGGCUCUCCAUGGGGUGCAGGAACUUUUGCUGGAGCUGAUGGAUCUAGAUCUCCAUCUAAAUUGGAACUUGAAAUUGCUAGGGGCCAAGGUGAACACUUCCAAAAAAUUAUUUCCAAAUUUUAGACUAAACAAAUAUAUACACCAC